UGCUGUAGUGACUCACUGAUUGGCUGAGAGUUUGGGGAAGUAGGGGUGUUUCAGCUAUCCUACUGGUUUCUGGCAAAUCAAUUAAAGCGGAUAAUUAUUUUAGAUGUCAUAUUAGUAGCGGAUUUUUCAAGUAUGUUGAUUUGUGGAUUACUUCGGUGAUGGCACAUUUUGCAGGAUCUGGUAGUCUGACGCGUUGCAUUUCACAAUAGCAGAUUCACGAAUCUCCGAAUACUAUUUCCUCUGCAUGGAAUCAAUCAACUGAUGUUAUUCUUUCUAGUGUAUAGCGCUGUGCCCAGAGACCUUCCAAAACGAGUUCUGCGCAACGCUUUUCCAAAGCGUUAGCUAUCCUCAAGGAUUCUAUAAUGCGACCACCAUCAAUAUUCACUGUCAACAUAGAUUAACAAUGAUGUUCAGUCCUCCACUAUAACCAUGGGCUGUGGCACCUCUGUCGCCACAGAAGACCAAGGGAAGAGACUCGAAAAUGAUGAGUCCAUCAAGGGCGGCUGCCCAGCUCUCACGAUGAAAGCAGCCAUCCUAAUCCAGCGCUGGUACCGCCGCUACAUUGCCCGUCUGGAGAUGAGGCGUCGCUACACCUGGAACAUCUUCCAGUCCAUUGAGUACGCCGGGGAACAGGAGCAGCUGCAGCUCUCCAGUUUCUUCAGUUUCAUGCUGGACAACUUCACUCAGCUGAACGGGAGCAGUCCAUGUGACCCCAUGACUGAAGAAGGGGGAGUGGCCAGGUAUGAGCUGAUUGACGUGGAGGACUCGUACUGCGGCCCUCACCUGUCAUUCCCUCUCAAUGUGAACCACACCAACGCUCUCCUCAGCACUUAUAAGGAGCAGAAGACUCUUCACGCCCGAUACGUCUUACAGUUGCUGCACGAAACAAAGAAAUUCCUCGAACAGAUCCCAAAUAUCAUUCACCUGUCUACAUCAUACUACAAGGAGAUCACAAUUUGUGGUGAUCUGCAUGGAAGCCUUGAUGAUCUCCUACUCAUUUUCUAUAAGAACGGGCUUCCAUCGGCCAAUAACCCGUACGUGUUCAACGGAGACUUUGUGGACAGAGGGAAGAAAUCUGUGGAGAUCAUCAUCAUCCUGUUCGCCUUCAUGCUUCUGUACCCGGACCACAUGCACCUGAACCGGGGCAACCACGAGGACCACAUAAUGAAUCUCAGAUAUGGAUUUACGAAAGAAGUUAUGCAGAAAUACAAGACACACGGCAGGGAUAUUUUGCAGCUGCUGCAAGAUGUCUUCAGCCUGCUGCCCGUGGCAAUGGUGAUUGACAGCAAGGUGCUCAUUGUACACGGUGGCAUAUCCGAUAUGACUGACCUCAACUUCCUGGAGUCCAUAGAGAGACACAAGGUGAAGUCCGCGCUCAGGCUGCCCAGACGGACCAUGGACAGCGUCAUGGCGACCAGGUGUGGCAGUCAGGUAAAAGGUGACCUGAGGCGCAGGAGAAGAGGCUCGGCGCAAAGGAGGAAUCAGCGGAAGAAGGGCAGCAGCGGCUCCUCCUCCUCCUCUUCUUCAUCGUCCUCUUCAUCAUCCUCAUCUUCGCUGUGCUCUCCUCGCAUUUCCUCUCGCAAUCAGCCCCGCCCCAGGCUCUCCUCCAGUGUGCUAAGCCCCACCCUCACCUCCUAUGUACCCUGCAUGGACUCCAUGGUCUCCAUAGAAACGCAACCCAGGGAAGAAGAGGAAUGGAAGCAGGUCGUGGAUUUGCUUUGGAGUGACCCCAAAAUCCAGGACGGCUGCACGCCCAACACCUUCCGGGGGGGAGGGUGCUACUUUGGGCCGGACGUGACCCGCACCCUGCUGGAGAGACACGGUCUCAGUCUGCUGAUCCGAUCCCACCAGUGCAAGCAGGAGGGGUACGAGCUGUGCCACAACGGCCAGGUAAUCACAAUUUUCUCCGCCUCCAACUACUACGAGGUAGGCAGCAACCGCGGGGCCUACGUCAAACUGGGGGCGGACCUCAUCCCUCGAUUCUUCCAGCACCAAGUCAGCCACUGUACCAGGAAGCUCACUCUGCACCAGAGGGUAAGUGCAGCAGAGGAUUCAGCCCUGAAGGCCUUGCAGGAGAAGCUGUUUGCCCAUCGCACUGAGCUGAUGACCACCUUUCAACAGUACGACAAAAACAACACAGGUGCCAUCUCUCUCAGUGACUGGGCACAGGCAGUAGAAUCUGUCCUGAGGCUGGACCUACCCUGGCGCACCCUCAGGCCGCGACUGGCUCGCCUGUCCCAGGGCGGCAACGUGGAGUACCUGUCCUGCUUCGAGAACAUCUGCCCGAACCAGCCUCCCCCCCUGGUUACCCCAAACCUUGCAGAAACCUUGUAUCGGUACCGAACUGACCUUGAGAUCAUUUUCAAUAUUAUUGACAAAGACCAUUCAGGUCUCAUCUCUAUCGAGGAGUUCCGUCACACCUGGAAGCUCUUCAGCUCACACCUGAGAGUGGCGGUGGAGGACAGCGUCAUCGACGACCUGGCGCGCAGCAUCGACUUCAACAAGGACGGCAGCAUCGACUUCAACGAGUUCCUGGAGGCCUUCAGGGUGGUGCAUCGACUCGACACCAAGGACCAGCAUCAGGACUGACUGAGGGAAACGACUGAGUCACUCAAAGACUCUCUGAUAAAGACUGAGUCACUCAAAGCCACUCUCAUAAAGACUGAGUCACUCAAAGACUCUCUGAUAAAGACUGAGUCACUCAAAGACUCUAUGAUAAUAACGGAGUCACUCAAAGCCUUUCUGAUAAAGACUGAGUCACUCAAAGCCUCUAUGAUAAUAACUGAGUCACUCAAAGCCUCUCUGAUAAAGACUGAGUCACUCAAAGCCUCUAUGAUAACAACUGAGUCACUCAAAGCCUUUCUGAUAAAGACUGAGUCACUCAAAGCCUCUAUGAUAACAACUGAGUCACUCAAAGCCUUUCUAAUAAUGACUGAGUCACUCAAAGACUCUCUGAUAAAGACUGAGUCACUCAAAGCCAAUCUCAUAAAGACUUAGUCACUAAAAGUUCCACUCAUAAAGACUGUCACUCAAGGCAUUUUUAUUUAUUUAAAAACAAUGCAUGAAUGAUGUCUCCCUUUCUGUGAAAAAGAUUUACUACUACUCCGCAGUUAGAGUAUUAUGCAUAUUUUAGAGCACUGUUAUAGAAUACCUGACUGUUAGCACUUAGUACAGACCACCAGGGAUCCUGGUUUUCUGUGAAACAUUCACAGUAUCUGUUAAAAACAUGAACUUCUGUGUUAACUGUAUUUAAACCAAAUUUCUCAACUGUGCUUAGCCAACUUAGCUAUUUUGUGUGUGCACACAUAUAAUUAUUAUCAUCACUGACAUUUGACUUGUUUAAGAUAACCAUUUUUUGAAAUAUAAAGAAUAUUUGUACAGCACGAUUAAAAGUGUAAAGUGUGAAACAGUCAAAGAACAAUUUUCUUUGCCAAGUCAACUUAAGGGUAACCUUUUUAAAAAUAAAGUAGAAUUUUGUUUUUC